CCCUUCUCUGACCUGCCCAGGAACUCAAGCUCUGGGGUGGUGGGUUGUGGGAGGGAGAGAAGCAGCAGCAGCUGUAAGGGGAAUCCCUCUUCCUUCAGAGGCCCCCGGUCUGACUCCAGACAUCAGAGGAGGAAGGGCACGGAAUUUCCGUGCUUGGGAUCCAGCUCAUCCAAGCCAGCUCCAACUCAGCAAGCCUACCAACAGGAAAAUAAGCAAAUUUCACUGAAGAUCCAGGCAGCUAUUCCAGGAACUGGAAGCCAAGCACAACAGGUGCCCGGGAGGUCAUCAUGAUCAGCCCCAACCCCAGGCCCUCCCCUGGCUUGGCCUGGUGGGCCGAGAGCUACGAGGCCAAGUGCGAGCGCAGGCAGGAGACCCGUGAAAGCCGCCGCUGCCGCCCCAACGUGACCACCUGCCGCCAGGUGGGGAAGGCACUGCGGGCCCAGCAGAGAGAGCAGCUCCAGAGAGCUCGACUGCAGCAGUUCCUCCGGAGGAGGAACCUGGAACUGGAGGAGAAGGGCAAGGCACGGCAUCACCAACCCCCAGAGCAAGGGCUCUCCAGGAGGCUGGGCCGCGAGACUGCCCUCAAGGAGCCCUUGUCUUGUGCCAGCAGGAGCUCGACCCCCAGACAGCAGGUGGCAAGGACCAGCUCUGAGGUCUUUCCAGCCCAGCACUCUACUCCCUCAGGCAUCCAGAGGGAUCCAGUUGACCACUUCUCCUCACAGACUGGGAAUCUUCUACCACAAGACUGUCCCAUCAAGAAGACACCCAGAUACCACCGUGGUACUCAGACCAAGGCAGAAGCAGCACAGCCAACAAUUAAGAACGAUGCCAGUCAGCAAACCAAUUUUGGAGUUGCAGUUCUGGAUAAGGAAAUCAUCCAGCUUUCUGAAUACCUAAAAGAGGCCCUACAGAGGGAGCUGGUCCUAAAACAGAAAAUGGUGGUUCUCCAAGACCUACUGUCCACCCUGAUUCAGGCCUCUGACAGCACCUGGAAGGGACAGCUUAAUGAAGACAAACUGAAAAGCAAACUGAGAUCCUUAGAAAACCAGCUAUACACCUGUACCCAGAAAUACUCCCCUUGUGGAAUGAAAAAGGUGCUACUGGAGAUGGAAGACCAGAAAAACAACUAUGAGCAGAAGGCCAAGGAGUCUCUGCAGAAAGUGCUGGAGGAGAAAAUGAACGCAGAGCAGCAGCUACAGAGCACACAGCGUUCCCUCGCCCUGGCAGAGCAAAAGUGUGAAGAAUGGAGGCGCCAGUAUGAACUUUUGAAGGAGGACUGGAGAACCCUAGGGAGCCAGCACAGAGAGCUGGAGAGCCAGCUCCACGUGCUUCAGUCCAAACUGCAGGGAGCAGACAGCAGAGACUUACAGAUGAACCAGGCCCUGCAAUUUUUGGAGAAUGAGCACCAGGAACUACAGGCCAAGAUUGAAAGCCUACAAGGAGACAGAGACCUGUGCAGCUCAGAUACCCAGGACCUACAAGACCAACUAAAGAAGUCAGAGGAGGAGAAACUUGCCCUGGAGACUAGAGUACAACAGUUGCAAAAUCUGCUUCAGAGUCAAUCCUUACAGCUUCAAGAACAGGAGUAUCUCUUAACAAAGAAAGAUCAGGCUUUGCCUGUGUGGAGUCCAAAGUCCGUCAGUAAAGAAGUGGAACCUGAGGGCACAGGGAAGGAGAAAGACUGGGAUCUCAGAGACCAGCUGCAAAAGGCGACUUUGCAGCUCCAGGCCAAGGAAAAGGAGUGCAGAGAACUACAUUCAGAGUUAGACAACCUCAGUGACGAGUAUCUCUCCUGCCUGCGUAAGCUGCAGCACUGUCGAGAAGAACUGAAACAGAGCCAGCAGCCACCUCCCACAAGGCAAUGUGGUCAAUGGCUCCCGAUGCUGAUGGUGGUGAUUGUCACAGCACUGGCAGUGUUCCUGGCCAACAAAGACAACCUGAUGAGCUGAAUAACUUGUGACAGCUACCUUGGGUGACAAUUAGAUACAAGCAACUCAGUGAAAAACUCAGGUCUGGCAACUUUACAGAUUGGAUUUUUCCCCAACUGAAUUGGGAUUUCUUUUCUUUCUAUCUUUUUUUUCUUUAUCUGAGAGAGAGA